CACUGUGGUAUCCAAGGCAAUGAAAGUGCUGAUUUAGCUGCCAAGGAUGCUCACCGACGUAAUUCUGGUUUAAAAAUCCCAUUUUCACGAACAGAUAAUGGGGCCAGAAUCAACUGUGUUGCUAAAACUAUGAUAAGUUCCCUCUGGGCAAAUCCGCUUUAUUAUUACAGACACCUGCACAGCAUUGACCCUUUCCUUGUCUUUCGUUCACCCCGCGGCCUUAAACGCCGCACUGAAGCUACGCUCCACCGAGUACGACUCAACGUAGCUUCAACGGGAUUCUAUCUCAACCUCAUCGGCCAGCUAGACUCUCCUCUCUGUGAGAACUGUGCCGUCACAGACACACUCGAACACGUCCUGUGCCAGUGUAGCCUAUACACAAGUCAACGAAAUGAAUUGGCAAACUCUCUCCAUCUUCCCAACGGAGGACCACUUUCCCUGACUCACCUGCUCGGACCAUGGGACUCCGCAUCGGAAAGGGUCAAAUCAACGACCUCCUUCAUCCGCUUUCAAAAAACAAAACUGGACCGAAUACUCUAAAUCCAGAACAUACUUUUACAUGAAAAAACAAUAACGGACAGAAUUUUCUUUUCCUUAUGCAUAUUGUGA